CUUACAAGCUACCAAACGUGUCAUUCUGCUGCCCGUGCCUCGUUAUGCGCCCGCAGCAUCUCGCACUUUGCCUUUUGUGCGCCGUCGUCAGCGGAAAGCGCACUAAGAAAACCAAGCAGCCCACGGCUGCACCCACGCCCGCGCCCACGGGCGCGCAGACAGCCGUGUCGGGCCACACACAAGCUACCCUCCUUUACGAGAAUAGCUCCUGUGAGGGCAGCGACCAGGGCGCCUACCUGGGCACGCCAGCGUCGGUAGACGAGUGUGCCGUGUCCGCCGCGGCUGCAGGAUGCGACAUGUUCAUGUUCUCGGCGAGCUACGGCUACGCCUGGGGCUGCCGUUGUUGCUCCGCGAAGACGCAAUACCACGACAACUGGAGCAUCUACUCCGUGGACUCGAAGAACAGCCAACGCACGACGCCGCGGCCAACUCCUCGGCCGCGGCCAACUCCUCGGCCGACUCCGCGGCCGACGCCGCGGCCGACUCCGCGACCGACACCGCGGCCGACGUCCGCGCCGACGUCCACGCACUCCUGCCCGACGGGCUAUGUGGCGGACUGCGAAGGCAGCGGCCCGGGCGGCCACUGCUGUCCGGAGCGCUGGCUCGGCAACGGCGACUGCGACGACCACUACGAAUUCAUGAAGCACUGCGACCUGACUUGCUACGAUAACGACGGCGGCGACUGCGUCGCGACGACGCCGGGACCCACUCCCGAGCCGACUGCGGAACCGACUCUCGCGCCGACGCUCGCGCCGACGCUCGCGCCGACGCUCGCGCCGACGACCGAGGAACCGCUGGCGGUCGUCCACGGCUCACUCACGCUAUCCGGCCUUGUGUCGCCGACCCGCUCCGAGCAGGUGCUGCGGGGCGCCAUCGCAGGGGUCGCGGGCGUCCCCAUGGAGGCCGUGCGGAUCAUCAGUAUCCAAACUCAGAGGCGCCACUUGCGCCGCCGGCUGGAGGCCUCCACCGUCGUCGUCGACUACGAGAUCGAGGCCACAGAUUCGGAGGCCGUCGCCCGAAAACUCGCCGAGACGACCCCCGCGCAAUUCGACGCGGUGAUCCAGGACGUCGCCGCCGCCGCGGGCGCCGGGGCCGCCUUCGCGGACGUGAGAACCGAGGAGAUAAGCGUGGCAGGCGCGGAAGACGGUGAAGAGGAGGAGGAGGACGACGACGACGCAUCCACCACGUCAAAGUUUGCCUCCGUGAAAUUCAUUGCGAGCGUCGCCGCCGGGUGCUUCUGCCUUGCGGCGGCGCUGGCGGUCAGAUGGUGCCUCCUCCAUAGGCGCGGGAAGAAGACGCCAGCAGUCGUCAUUGAAUACCCGCGUUUCGCGCCGAUCAAGGAACGCCCUGGUGCUCCCGUCGCGUACGCGCGGCCCGUUCCGUCGGCGCCGCCCCUGGCGCCUCUCGCGCCGGAGCCGCCGCUGGCGUCGAUCAAGGAGCGGGCCCUGGCGGAGGCCGCCCACGCGACCGGCGAGGCGGAGGCGGCCCCGGGCGCCUACGGGGGCAUGGGAAUCGCGCCCGAGAGCGAGUACGGAGGCAUCGUCGCGCACGAGCCCGCUCCGGCGGGCGAGUACGAGGCGGAAUGCUAGCACGGCCGGCUCUCCCCCUUCUUUGUAGUGCAUGU